CUGGUUGUCUGCAGGCAAAGAUGGCGGUGCGGAAGAAAGACGGCGGCCCGAAUGUAAAAUAUUUCGAAGCGUCUGACACCGUUUCCCAGUUUGAUAAUGUCCGCGUCUGGUUGGGAAAGAAUUAUAAAAAGUACAUCCAGGCUGAGCCCCCCACUAACAAAUCUCUGUCCAGCCUGGUGGUCCAGCUGCUCCAGUUCCAGGAGGAGGUUUUUGGCAGACAUGUCAGCAAUCCUCCCCUCACAAAGCUGCCGAUGAAAUGUUUUGUAGACUUCAAGUCAGGAGGGGCUCUCUGCCACAUUCUGGCUGCUGCCUACAAGUUCAAGAGUGACCAAGGAUGGCGCAGGUUUGACUUCCAGAAUCCGUCGAGGAUGGACCGAAAUGUGGAGAUGUUCAUGACGAUUGAGAAGUCCUUGGUGCAGAACAAUUGUCUGACUCGACCCGUCAUCUACCUGAGCCCUGACAUAGAACCAAAGCUGCUCAGCAAACUGAAAGACAUCAUCAAAAGACAUCAGGGCUCCGUGACUGAAGACAAGACCUCCAGCUCCCAUGUUGUGGUGCCUAUUCCUACCAGUCUGGAGGAAGAGGAGUGGGUGCGUCCUGUGAUGAAGAGAGACAAGCAGGUUCUGCUGCACUGGGGAUAUUUCCCGGACAGUUACGACACCUGGAUCCCAGCCAGUGAGAUUGAAGCUGCAGUGGAGGAUCCUCCCAGCACAGAAAAGCCCAGAAAGGUUCAUGCAAAAUGGAUUUUAGACCUCGACCAGUAUAACGAGUGGAUGAAUGAGGAAGACUAUGAGGUGGGAGAAGGUUGUCCUAAGAGGAAGAGGAUCUCUGCCAAGACACUAACGGAUGAGGUGACCACACCAGAUGAGCGAAGGGACAAGAAACCAGGCAAUGCCAAGAAAAGAAAGCGAUCACCAUCACCUUCGCCAACACCUCCACCUCAAGAGAGCAAGAAGAAAAAUACCAAAAAAGGGCCGACCACCCCGUACACCAAGUCUAAACGAGGUCAGAGGGAGGAGGAACAGGAGGAGCUGUCCAAGGACCUGGAUGAAGCCUCACCUAUUCCUGCAUCUGAAGAAGGAAACACAGCAAAGACAAACAACACCAAGAAGGACCCAGAAUCAACCCCAGUUAAGGGAGGCACUGAAAUGGAUGAACAAGAAGAUGAGUCCAUGGAGACAACAGGAAAGGAAGAGGAGGAGGGCUCUCCCAGUGUAAAGGGUGAACCAGUGAAGAGCUCAGACCUUCAUGAGGACAACGUGACGGAGCAAACCCACCACAUCAUCAUCCCGAGUUACGCUGCCUGGUUCGACUACAACAGCGUUCAUGCCAUUGAGCGGAGAGCCUUGCCUGAGUUUUUCAAUGGGAAGAACAAAUCUAAAACCCCUGAGAUUUAUCUAGCCUACAGGAACUUCAUGAUUGACACAUAUCGGCUGAACCCUCAGGAGUACCUGACCUCCACUGCCUGCCGAAGAAACCUGGCAGGAGACGUGUGUGCCAUCAUGAGAGUUCAUGCUUUUCUAGAGCAGUGGGGACUGAUCAACUACCAGGUGGACUCAGAGAGUCGGCCCACACCCAUGGGACCGCCGCCGACCUCUCACUUCCACGUCCUUGCAGACACUCCUUCAAGUCUGGUGCCGCUGCAGCCCAAGACAUCCCAGACCCCCGCCACCCAGCCAAUGAUUUCAUUCCCAGAUAAAGUGAAAGAUAAGCCCACAGAUCUGCAAAACUUUGGGCUGCGGACCGACAUGUACAGCAAGAAGACUGGAUCUGCAAAGAGCAAGAGUGGAGCAAGCUCCAUGAGAGACUGGACAGAGCAAGAAACACUACUUCUACUUGAGGGGCUGGAGAUGUAUAAGGAUGACUGGAACAAGGUGUCUGAACACGUGGGCAGCCGUACACAAGACGAGUGCAUCCUGCACUUCUUGCGGUUGCCAAUUGAAGACCCAUACUUGGAGGACAGCUCCUCCACACUGGGCCCACUGGCCUAUCAACCAGUUCCUUUCAGCCAAGCAGGAAACCCUGUCAUGAGCACCGUGGCCUUCCUGGCUUCUGUAGUUGACCCACGUGUGGCCUCAGCUGCAGCCAAAUCCGCUCUUGAGGAGUUUUCCCGUAUGAAAGAGGAGGUCCCUGCAGCGCUCGUCGAGGCUCAUGUGCGGCGCGUCGAGGAAGCAGCGAGAGUCAGCGGCCGACAGGAUCCCAUGUACGGCCUGGAGGGGAGCGGCAUCGCAGGCACUGGCCUGGAGGAGGGAGACAGGCCUGAUGAAAGCAGUGAUGAAAGUAAGAGUGACAGCCAGUCGAACGAGGAGAAAAGAGAGGCCAAGGAGAGCAAAGAUGGAGCGAUGGAGGAGGAAGAGAAGCAGGUGGAGAAUGGGAAGAAAGAGGAAGAAAGAGGAAGAGAACCUGAAGGCGAGAGGGAGGCAGAUAAAACAGAGCCUGAGAUGGUUGAUGGCGAGAACGAGAAAGAUGCAAAAGAAGGAAUAGAGGAGGGACAAAGAGAAGGAGAGAUGGAAGGGGAAAGGAAGGCUAAAGUCGAGCGUGAUGUGGGAGAGGGAAACCUGGCAACUGCUGCUGCUUCCGCUUUAGCAGCUGCUGCUGUCAAAGCCAAGCAUUUAGCUGCAGUGGAAGAGAGGAAAAUCAAAUCUUUGGUGGCUCUGCUGGUGGAGACCCAGAUGAAGAAGCUUGAGAUUAAACUGCGACACUUUGAAGAACUGGAAACUAUCAUGGACAGAGAGAGGGAGGCUCUGGAGUACCAACGGCAGCAGCUGCUGGCUGACCGCCAGUCCUUCCACAUGGAGCAGCUGAAAUACGCUGAGAUGAGGGCCCGCCAGCAGCACUUUCAGCAGAUCCAGCACCAGCAGCACAGCCAGGCCGGAGGCCCUCACUCCAACCAGGCAACCUCAGCCCCAGCGCCCCAAGGCCCCAACGCGAGUCAGCCAGCUCCCAGCACACCAGCUCCACAGGCGGCCCCUAGUCCUGCACCACCAGCUUCUUCUGCCCCGCCUCCCGAAUCCCAACCUCCUGCAGGCACUCACGCUCCAUCUCCCUGCCCCCCGGGCCAGACCCCGGCCCCUCACUCCAGCUCCAGCACUACACCUGCACACCACGAGGCCAGCGCUCCUCACCAAGGUGAGUCACUCCACCCGUCAGCUCCUGUUCCUGCUCCGCAGUGAGAAAAAAACCUAAAUGAAUUGCCUGCGAAACCCAAAUGACUGACCAUUUGAAACCCUGCCUGUACCAUCUGAAAUGAAGAAGUCAUCAACUGAUGGAUGAUGAAGAUAUUUUACAUGUUUAGUUUUUGUUUUUCUACAAGGCCAAUUGAUGUGAAGAUCAUAAUUGUAAAUGAACCCACCUCUUUGUUUGAAAAUAAGUCAUUUUAGAAUACAACUGACACAUGAGAAAAACUGAUUUUAACCCUUUGUUGCUGACCAAACAGUAGCAAGUCGAGUUUGAGUUGAACAUCUGUUAGAUGGUUUUGCCAACAUGUCAGAGCAGAGAUGGGCAAAAGCCUCAUGUUGUGUUGUCUUUGUUUUGGACAUUGUUGCAUUUGUUUUUCUGCAGCUGUCUCAUAGUUCAUCAUCUCUCCAGUGGCCCCGCCUCCUACUUGUAGUUUAGGUACGUUUUGAAACAUACAUGUAUGUAAGGAAAAGCACUUUUCUCAUUGAAAGUCUCGCUGAAAGACUUGAAGCAUCCGUCGUAUUGAACUCUAGCACUUAUAUCUUUGUUUUGUGGUCUUAAAUACUUCAGCCAACAGGUUUUAAACUUAAUCAUGGUUCUUUUAGAUCCUCUUGUGUUUACGUUACAUGGAUAAGUUGUGUCUACAGGGUUGAACAUGAAGGUUACAUGACUAAAAGUCAGUAAUGAAGUAAGAGAUUUAAAUUGCUAAAUUAGCUAAUCUAAGCUUGGAUGCAGUUAAGGAAAACGUACUGUAAACUGAAUUUUCUGUUACAAACACACCUAUUUGUAUCCAGUAUUAAGAUGCUAUACAGCCUGAAGUCCUGAAAAGACUUGCCUUUGAUUAUCUCAUUUAAUUUCCCAUCAUGCCAGCAGCACAUGGAUGGACUCUACGCAUUCAGAUCUAAAUGUAGUUAUGUUCAGAAGGGAAAGUCUUCACUAUUAGCAACCACUUACGAAACAGUAUUAGAUGCUGUGUUAUGUAAACCAAACUGUUUACUUUUAUUAUGGUUGCCAGGAAAAAACAUUUUUUGACAACUUUGUAUUUUUUUUUCAUAUAAAAAAUUGGAUUAAAUUCCAUGGCUGACAAAAACAAGGGAACACCUUAAAACUCUGUCCAACAGAGAACUGUGUCCUUAAAAUCAUUGUUUUCACUUUUUAUCCUGUCGAUUUUUAUACUUUUUACAUGUAAUUUUUCAUCUUUUUCAUUUGAUAUGUCAACAUUGUACCUGUAUAAUAUUAUCUUUGUAGCCUGUAUCUACCCUCACCAUCUCUGUGUGUGAUCUGGACUGUUUCUGCCGGAUCUGUCUGAGACGUGACUGUAAUCAUGUGUGCCCCUGCCAUUAAGAUUCGUAAACAACAUGACCUUUCUGAUUUUUUAUGAAGUGCCAUCAGUCGUGUGAUCACCCAGUUUGGAAAAGUAAAAUAAAAAAAAAACAUUUUGCUCCACACACAACAUGUCAGUUUCAUGAUAUAUAAUCCAGUCAGGUGGUGAGUUUGCAGUUGUCCAUCUAGCCAGUAUUGCAGUCCUCACCUCCGCCAUGAGCAUCAAUGGACAUCUUUUAUCUGUGUUAUUACAUUGUGUGAAUUUUGUGAUAUGAAAUAUGCGUCUGCUCAGUUUCUGUAUGUUUUUCACUUUGCUCAAGGUAGCAGCAAGUGCGGUAUAAUACAGUAGACAUGGGUUUUUCCUCUGUAAAUCAUCACAUUAGUGCUGACAGUUUAUUAAUAAACAUCAGAACUGGUUGAAUUAUAUGUUUGAGGAUAAAAUAAAGAUGUGAAGAGGA